UCUGGAAACAUGGCCUCCUCAGAGCAGGCAGAGCAGCCCAGCCAGACUGGCUCUUCUCCUGGGACUGAGAAUGCCGUGUCUCGGGAGCCACUGAUCGCAACAGCAGUGAAGUUUCUACAGAACUCCCGGGUCCGCCAAAGUCCGCUCGCAACCAGAAGAGCUUUUCUCAAGAAAAAAGGACUGACGGAUGAAGAAAUUGACCUGGCUUUCCAGCAGUCGGGCACUACCACAGAUGAGCCACAGUCCCUGGGUCCUUCCACACAGCUGGUGCCAACGCAGCCCCCUCACCUCGUGCCGUACAGUCCCCCAGGCUCCAGAUGGCGAGACUAUGGUGCUUUGGCGAUCAUUAUGGCAGGGAUUGCCUUUGGCUUCCACCAGCUCUACAAGAAAUACCUGCUCCCUCUCAUCAUGGGAGGCAAAGAAGACAGAAAACAACUUCAGAGGAUUGAGGCGAACAUUUCCGAGAUGAGUGGCAGCGUGACACAGACAGUGACUCAGUUGCAGAAGACUUUAGCCUCCGUCCAGGAACUGCUGAUGCAGCAACAGCAGAAAAUCCAGGAGCUCACCCAAGAGCUGGCUGCUGCCAAGGCCACCACUUCCACCAACUGGAUCCUGGAGUCACAGAAUAUCAAUGAAUUGAAAUCUGAGAUCUACUCAUUAAAAGGGCUCCUUCUAAACCGGAGGCAGUUCCCUCCCUCCCCUUCGGCUCCCAAGAUCCCAUCCUGGCAAAUCCCGGUGAAGCCUUCCUCACCCUCCAACCCUGUUGCUACUAACCACAACAGCAGCAGUGACAUCUCGCCCGUCAGCAACGAGUCCACCUCCUCGUCACCUGUGAAGGAGAACCACAGCCCAGAGGGGGCAACGGUCAGCUGCCACCUGCUGGGUACGGAGGAGGAGGGCGAGGUGGUGAUGGACGUCAAGGGCCAGGUGCGAAUGGAAGUGCAGGGCGAGGAGGAGAAGAGGGAGGACAAAGGGAAUGAGGAGGAGGAGGAAGAGGACGAUGAGGAUGAUGAUGUCAGCCAUGUGGACGAAGAGGAGUGCCUGGACGUCCAGACCGAGGACCGACGAGGAGGGGAUGGGCAGAUUAAUGAGCAGGUGGAAAAGCUACGAAGACCGGAAGGGGCCAGCAAUGAGAAUGAGAUUGACUAGGGUGAAUGGGCUUCUUUCCAUCCCACCCUGCAUCUGUCCAGCCUUCUCCCACCCCCUGGUGCCUCUCUCAUUUGGUGGAGAGAACUCGGCCCU